AUGACAAAGAUAAGUAUUGCUGAUACCCGCGUUCGAGUACAACCGUCUCGGAAACUCUUGCAACUCAUUGAGGAACAUAAAGAUAUCAUCACUGAAAUUCCCGAAAAUUUAAAAAAAGUUUUGAAAACAAAUGGUUUUCAUAUUGAGAGUGGUAUUGAGUUGCUUGGCUCAGAUUCCAUAAAAAAGGAAGAAAUUGAUUUGAAAUUACUUCGACAAGUAGAAGAACUCUUAGAUGAAGAUGCACCGAAAGCCAUUCCUCCAAAAGCAAAUCGCAAUAGCGGCGACCAAGAGACUGAAUUAAACGCAGGAGGAGAGUUUUUAUAUUUAUCUGAUCUUCGUUGGGUCAAGUCGUGGUUAAAGCAACUACGUGAAAAGAAAGGAUUGGAUAUUUAUUUAAGUGAUCUAAUUGAAAAUUGUCGCUUGCAUUUGCCUAUGAAUGAAGUAAUUGAAAGGAAUCCAGAGCUCGAAGCGCGUUGUCAGCGAUUACGUGAGCAACAACAAAAUAGGGAGUACCUAGACAUGACAAAAAACGUAGAUGCAACACUGAAAUAUGUACCCGAGGACACCAUAGCCUAUCAGGUUAAGGCCAUGAAUAGUCAAAUGAUUGCAGUAUUACAAUUUAUAUUUUCGGUCGCGGCUGGUUUUGUAUUCGGCUUUUUAGGAUUGGAACUUAUUUUUGGUGGCAUAGAGUUCGGUCUGCGUUUAGUAUUAGGAAUAUCUUGUGCACUUGUAAUUGGUGUUGCAGAAAUGUAUUUCCUUAUUAAAAAACUAAACGAAGAAGAGAAAGCAAUUUCAUCGUUUAAAAAAACAACUGAGCCUGUGAAGAAGAAUGAAAAAAUUUUGAAGCCGCACAUUGAAUGAGCAAGUUCUUUGGGAUUUAUGACAUAUAAUAAAAAUAAAUAAAUAUUAUUGUGUAUUCUACGUAGAGGACAUAGUAUUUUAUGCCUAAAUUGACUUAAUAAAAUAUUGAAAUAUUUGUAAAACUA